GCACGCACCAAGGCCAAGCAGCAAGCUCCCACCUUAUCGAGGGAACUUCAACGGCCGUUGCCGCAUCAAUGGCAAUGAAGUUUGCAAGGGCGGCAUCGGCUAGGGGGCUGCUGAGAUGGCAGUCACCAUUGGCCCGACCAAGAAGCUGGGUAUGCCACUCUUGCCGGAGCAACGUCGCCGCCGUCAUGUCCCGGCGUUUCUCAUCGGAACCACCACAACCACUACAGCAGCUGCAACCAUCACCUACACUAGCUUCACCAUUUUCACUAGAUGAUAAGCCCUACUAUGUCACGACGCCUAUUUUCUAUGUCAAUGCCGCGCCGCACAUCGGGCACAUGUACUCGAUGGUGCUGGCCGACGUGUUCAAGCGAUGGCAAACCCUGCUGGGCAACCAGGCCUUCUUUUGCACCGGCACCGACGAGCACGGCAUGAAGGUGCAGCAGGCCGCCGCCCUCGCCGACAUGGACCCCAAGCGACUCUGCGACGAGAACGCCGAGAAGUUCGAGGAGCUGGCAAAGUUCUCCCGCAUCGACUACGACCGUUUCAUUCGCACCACCGACCGCGACCACGUCCAGGCUGUCGAGCACUUUUGGUUCCUGCUGCGGGAGAAGGGGCUCAUUUACGAGACCAAGCACGAGGGCUGGUACAGCGUGAGCGACGAGUGCUUCUACCCGGAGUCGCAGGUCGUUAAGCACCAGGAAAAGUUCACGGGCGUCGUGUACAUGGCCUCGGCCGAGACCAAGAACAAGGUGGAGUGGGUCGAAGAGAAGAACUAUUGCUUUCGUAUGACGGAGCUCAAGGACAGGCUUCUCGACUUCUACGAGAAGAACCCUGGGUGGAUCGAGCCGGCAUACCGCAUGAACGAGGUUGUCGACUGGGUCAAGAACCACUUUGAAGACCUUUCCAUCUCCCGACCGGUUCAGCGGUUGAACUGGGGAAUCCGGGUUCCCGACGACCCAUCACAGACCAUCUACGUCUGGGUUGACGCUUUGAUCAACUACAUCACCGCAGCCGGCUUCCCCGACUGGCCCCCCGGGGAGUCGCACAAGGGUGGCUGGCCUGCCGACGUCCAUAUCGUCGGUAAGGAUAUCCUGCGAUUCCAUUGCGUCUACUGGCCGGCGCUGCUCAUGGCCCUGGAUCUUCCGCUGCCGAAGAAGGUACUGGUCCAUUCGCACUGGACACUGAACAACACAAAAAUGUCCAAGUCGGUCGGUAAUGUAGUCAAUCCGCUGUACGCUAUCAACCGGUGGGGGGUCGACACAACCCGCUUCUAUCUCCUGGCUGAAGGCGGCAUCGCCGACGAUGCGAACUACUGCAACGACACCCUGGUGGUCAAGUAUAAGAAGUUUCUCCAAUGGGGCUUUGGCAACCUGCUUGGGCGCCUCACGAGGCCCAAGGUGUGGAACGUGCGAAAAAUAGUAGAGGGCUCGGUCUGCGAGCCCAGUUCCGCGAAGAGAUACCCGACCCGACGAAAUCUGGCGGAAUUUGAGGCCCUGUUGGAUGAUCUUGCAGCUACCGUUGCCGGGCGGAUGCAGAAGCACAACCCUGUGGGCGCCAUCCGGAAGAUCAUGGCGUGUGCUGCUCCGAUGAACGAGCUCCUGACUGAGACAGCGCCGUGGUCGCUGGUCAAGUCGCCCAAUCUUGCAGACAAAGAGCUCGCGGAACACGUACUAUUCCUAGUAGCUGAAGGGUUGCGGCUCUCGGGCAUCCUUCUACAGCCAUUCCUGCCCGACAAGGCUGCCCAACUGCUUGACAUCCUCGGCGUUGCCCAGGACAAGCGGACGUUUGACCACGCCCUCCUCCGGUGUGAUCUGGAUUAUGGAGUCCCGAUGGUAGAUCCCGGAACCGGCCGUGCUGAUGGUCUCUUCCCUCCCUUGAUUGAGGACAUGGAUGUCGAGUUUCACGGGUCUGUGAAGAAGAAGACCAAGAAAGGGACGAGCAAGCGCCCGACUGAGCGGACAACAGAGCAGACAAUAGAGGACUAAGGGCUGACGUGUCGCUGCUGCUCGGCAUGUCUCCGAAAGGCGACUUGCAGGCAUGUGUACGACUAAACGGCGUGUUGUACAUGAUACUGGCUCUAGAUGUGAGAUACCCUGUCACUAUACUGUACAACGAUAGAUAUAUGAUCCAAACAACCGUGGGAAAACACAGCAUGGUGACGCCUCCCCCCCCCCCCCCCCGGGGUGGGCCAAUGCUCAAUUACAGCAUAACCCC